AUGGCUCCUCAACACAAACACAUAGAGAAGUGGGUCAUCACCAAUGUGACUGACUCGUUCUACACCGUAGCCUACCCCAAGGCCACGACGCGCCUGCUCAAGUACUUCAAGGGUCAGAAUGACAAGGGCACGCACCUGAACAUCACCACCCCCACCGUGUCGUACCUCGAGCUGGAUGAUGACAGGAAGGGCACCAAGAAGGCAUACACCUUUGGAUGGUUCAUCUCUCGCCACAUCGAGGAGAUCCCUAAGCCCACGGACCCUGAGCUCGAGAUUGUGACCUACCCCGAGACGACCCGCUACGUCAGGGUCUUCGGUGGCUACGCCUCAGAGGGAAACAUUGUGGAGCAGGCUGUGGCGCUCCAGGAUGUGCUGAGCAAGGAGGGGAAGUCUUUCGAGCCCAAGGCACGGAAUGGGAAGGGCUCUUUGGGACUGCUGGCGGCUGUGUAUGAUGCGCCUCAAAAGCUCCUGAACCGUCACAAUGAGGUCCACCUGUUUGCCACCGACAAUGACGCCCUUGUGUCUGCCUGA